CAUCGCGGUCGCCAUGGCGCUGUGCGGCCGCUCCGCGCUCCUCCCGCCGCCCCCGCGACACCGGCCCCGGCCCCGAGCCCCGGGGCCCUUCGUCAGCUGCAGCCGCCUCCGAAAUAUUCAGACUAUUCUGACACAGAGCAGCAAAUCUCAGCCUGAUGGAAUCCUCUGCAUUUUAGGGAUAGACAGUCGAUACAAUGAAGGGUGCAGAGAGCUGGCAAAUUAUCUGCUCUUUGGUUUGUACAACCAGAACAACAAUGACUUUGAAAGGACAGGUUUUCCUGAGGAAGUUCUGGAUGAUAUAAUCAUAUUAAUAAAACCUGACAGUGUUCAUCUGUACUGCAACCCUGUGAAUUACAAUCAUCUUUUACCCUAUGUGGCACACUGGAGGAACUUGCAUUUCCACUGUCUGACUGAAAAUGAGUAUGAGGAUGAAGAAGCUGCCGAGGAAUUCAAGAUUUCCAGCUUUGUGGACAUGGUCAGGGAUUGCAGCCGCAUUGGGAUCCCCUACAGCUGCCAAGGCCACCUGCAGAUAUUUGACAUGUUCAUCGUGGAGAAGUGGCCGAUCGUGCAGGCCUUCGCGCUCGAGGGGAUCGGGGGCGACGGCUUCUUCACCAUGAAAUAUGAAUUAAUGGAUGUCAGUGCUGAUUUGUGGAAAACCUACAGCAAAAUGGAUCCUGUGUCCCUGGAGGAUUUGCUUUUUGAGGAUCUAAAGAUUUUUGAACACCAGUGGACCACCUUUUUUGCUAAUUUUGACACUGAAAUUCCCUUCAUUCUGGAACUCUCAGAAUCUCAGGCUGGGGAGCCUUUCAGAAGUUAUUUCAGCCAUGGCAUGAUCUCAAGCCAUAUAACAGAUAACAGCCCGAGCAGGCAGCCCUUUGUCCUGUUUGGCAGCCACUCCACAAAGGAAAACUUGAACACUGGGAACUUUAAUUUUCCUUCUGAAGGGCAUCUGGUCCGAAACACUGGCCCUGGUGGAAGCACUGCCAAGCACAUGGUAGUGCAGUGUGUGUCUCCAAAGGGACCUCUGGCUUGUUCAAGGACCUAUUUUUUUGGAGCCACUCACAUUCCUUUCCUGGGAAAUGACAAUGAGAUCCACAAGCAAGCUGAGCAAGUUACGCUGUUGUCGCAAAUAUAUUCUGCUGUUGUAGAGGCUGUGCUUGCUGGCAUUGAGUGCUAUGCUAAAACUUCCACUGAAUCCAAGGCAAAGGAGGUGGCAGAGCAGGUGCUGCUGUCUGUGUUAGACACCCUUGGCUUAGCACAGCUGAAAUCUGCUUUACGCUCCAAAAUUGCUUUUCAAAUCCAGGCUGUGAACAACCAUGGCAGAAUUACUCCAUUAGAUAAUGAGGACAGCCUGAGUUUGAUCAAAACGGCAUCCAUGAUGGUGUUUGACAUUCCAGACCUGCUCACAGGAAGAGGAUGCUUGGGAUCUGUUGUGUUUUCAGAGUCCUUCCUGACAUCACAAAUACAGGUCAAAGAGAAAGAUGGCAGCAUCCAUCCAGACUCCAGGCACGUUAUCCUGACUGCAGCUAUCCCAAGAUUUGCUUCUUGGCUGGUUGAAGACAGUGAUGUGAAGCUGUCUGAAAAGGCACAGCAAGUAUUAAAGGAGGACAAAUCUUUCCUUGGCACUUUACUCACUGGAGGUGAUGGAGUUUAUAUCUGUUCCAGCAAUCCACAGGCCAUGCCUGCAGAAGGCAAACUGUAUUUCUUUUCUGAUGGAAUUCUGUUCUGUGAUCCCCACCAUGGCAGCAUUUCCAUUCCCAAGAGCCACAUGAGUUCCAUUUCUCUCUAUGAUGGGGAUUCCAACAGCAUUGUUGCUGCUCUCUUUAUAGACUUCAAAAGUUCCCUACUUCCUCAUCUCCCCAUUGAAUUCCACACCCAGAACAACUUUCUGAUGAUUGCACUUUUCCCCAAAAGAAAGAUUUAUAAAGCUUUUUAUUCCCAGGUUUUCUCUUCAUGGCAUAACCAGACAAGCUCAGGAUUAUCUUUAAGGGUUGUCCCAGAAGAAUUCCUGUCUGAGGAACAAAAGAGGCUGCAUUCCAGUGUGCAGAAGCUCUUCAAUGCCUCUUUUGCUUCUGGGGAAAGAUGCAGGGAGCUGAAACUGUCUGCUGCCAUUCCAGGAUUGGAGAGGUUUGUGCAGCACUUCACAGUCAGCAGUGUCAGCACCAAGCCAGUGAUGAGGGCACAUCUUCCUGUCCUUCUCCAAGAGUCAGAAACCAUUUCUGACAGCAAAGCAGAAGGUGAUAAGGUGAUCAUCACCAUCCUCACUGGGCUGCCCGGGUGCCGUUCCAGCGAUCUCUGUUCCUUCCUUGUCACUUUUACCAAGGAGCAUGGGAGGUGGAUUGUGUAUCGGCAGACCAUGGACAGCCCGCAGUGCUUCAGUGCCUCCCACUUCCAGCGCUUCCUGGCCGGGCUCCUGGAGGCCCAGCAGAACCUUGGGGUCCAUCAGCCCACCCUGAAGAGCACUGGGAAGCCCUCUGGGAAGAACAACAGGCUCCUGGUGGUGCUGCAAGGGUACACUGAUGUUAUUGAUGUUGUGCAAGCUCUGCAGACUCACCCUGACCCAGAGGUGAAAUCUUCUUUCAUCAUUGGAACAAUCAACACCUGUGUGGAGCCUCUGAGCUGCUACAUGGAACACAGGCUUCUUUUUCCCAAGUUCUUGGACCAAUGUUCACAAGGACUGGUGAGUAAUGUGGUUUUCACAAGUCAUGCCACAGAGCAGAGGCAUCCACUGCUGGUGCAGCUGCAGAGCCUGAUCAGAGCAGCAAAUCCUGGAGUUUCCUUCAUCCUGGCAGAAAACGGGAUUGUAACAAGGAAUGAGGAUAUUGAACUAAUUCUCUCAGAAAGCAGUUUUUCAAGUCCUCAGAUGAUGAGAGCUCGAUAUUUAAUGUACCCUGGCUGGUAUGAGGGCAGGUAUGGGGCUGGGCCUGUGUUCCCUCCCAUGGUUCAGAUCUGUGUGUGGUUCAGCCGCCCUCUGGAGAAAACAAGAUUUGUCACCAAAUGCAAAGCAAUUAAGUCGUUGCUCAAGCCAAGUCCUUUUUCUGGAAACAUUUAUCACAUCAUGGGCAAAGUGAAGUUUUCAGAUGCUGAUAAAGUCAUUGAAGUGUGUCACAACACAGCAGCAAAUUCCCUCAGCCUGGUGCCUGUUCCAGAGGGGCCAACUCCUCCUGAUUCCAGAAAUGAUCCCAGAGACUGCAGCAGUCAACAGGAAUAUUUCCUUGUGUUCAUUGGCUGCUCCCUGAAGGAAGAGGAUAUCAAAGAUUGGCUCAGAGAAACUGCAAAACAGAAACCUCAGAGGAAAGCCCUGAAAACCAGAGGAAUGUUAACCCUUCAGGAAAUCAAAAACAUCCAUGUGAAACGCCACUUGGAUCCACUCCCAGCUGGUUAUUUUUACAAUGGGACUCAAUUUGUGAAUUUUUUUGGUGACAAAAUGGAUUAUCAUCCAUUAAUGGACCAGUUCAUGAAUGAUUACUUGGAAGAAGCCAACAGGGAAAUUGAGAAGUACAACAGGGAGCUGGAGGAGCAGGAGUACCACGACCUCUUUGAGCAGAAGAUUUAAGCGCGUGGAUCCUGAGUGUUCCUGUCCUUGUGUCAGGAACUAAAAAUGCUCUUUUGUCCUUCUGGCUCACAAGAAAUCAAGUGAAAUGUUUGUUUUCAGCACUCCUUCCCAAACUAAGGGAUUGUUCCCCUGAGGUUGGCAUUUAACAUGGUAACUGCUUAGCUGUUUGUACUGUCAGGAUUGCUUCCACUUCACCUUAAUUCCAGACUGUCCAAAGCAUCACCUGGAAUCUCUGGCUUGUGGUGGAAACGUGGGAAAAAGAAGAAGAAGGAGGAGAAAAGAAGCAAAACUGGAUUUAUUUCCUAAAACAAGGUCAGAAUGUAAUUGUGGAAUUGGGCCAUGGUGCAGAUAUCAAACAAUCCCUGGGUGUCCCUUGGAAAUCGUUGCACAGGAGCAUUGAUGGUCAGGGGGGAGCUCAGGGUGUGGGAUUGGGGUUCCCAAAGCGAGAAAUGGGGGAACAGACUCGGAAGAGUCCCCAAUCCCAGAACUCUUUGGGUGUUCCUGAAGCAAAAAAUGGAGGAAUAAUUAAAAAAAGUAAGAGAGUCCCUAAUGCCACAGCUGCUGGGAUGUUCCCAAAGCGAGAAAUGGGGGAACAAGGGGAACAACUCAGAAAAAUCCCUAAUUCCACAGCUCUUGGUGUGUUCCCAAAGCGAGAAAUGGGGGAACAAGGGGAACAACUCAGAAAAAUCCCUAAUCCCACAGCUCUUGAUGUGUUCCCAAAGUGAGAAAUGGGGGAACAAGGGGAACAACUCAGAAAAAUCCCUAAUCCCACAGCUCUUGGUGUGUUCCCAAAGCGAGAAAUGGGGGAACAAUGGGAAAAACUCAGAAUUGAGUCCCUAAUCAACAUCUGUUGGGAUGUUCCCAAAGCGACAAAUGGGGGAACAGUGGGGAAAACUCAGAACUAAUCCCUAAUCAGUCCCUAAUCAGCAACUGUUUGGGUGUUCUCAAAGUGAGAAAUGGGGGAACACUUUCUCAGAGUCCCUAAUCCCACAGCUCUUGGUGUGUUCCCAAAGCGAGAAAUGGGGGAACAAUGGGAAAAAUUCGGAAUUGAGUCUCUAAUGCCAGAGCUGUUGGUGUGUUCCCAAAGCAAGAAAUGGGAGAAUGAUUCAAAACUUGGAAUCCCUGAAUCUGCAGCUCUUGGGAUGUUCCCAAAGUGAGAAAUGAGGGAACAUUGGGAAGAACUCAGAAUUGAGUCCCUAAUGCCAGAGCUGUCAGAGCAUUCCCAAAGCGAGAAAUGGGGGAAUGGGAAAGGCUUGGAUGAGCACCUCAUCCCACAGUUGUUAGGAUGUUCCCAAAGUGACAGAUGGGGGAACAAUGGGAAAAACUCAGAAUUGAGUCCCCAAUCCCACAGCUCUUGGUGUGUUCCCAAAGCGAGAAAUGGGGGAGUAACAGUGGGGAUAACUCUGAAAAGCCCCUGAUCCCAGAGCUGUUGGUGUGUUCCUAAAGCAAGAAAUGGGAGAAUGAUUCAAAACUUGGAAUCCCUGAAUCUGCAGCUCUUAGGACGUUCCCAAAGCGAGAAAUGGGGGAACAUUGGGAAAACUCAGAAUUGAGUCCCUAAUCCCACAGUUUUCAGAGGAUUCCCAAAGCGAGAAAUGGGGGAACAAUGGGAAAAAUUCGGAAUUGAGUCUCUAAUUCCAGAGCUGUUGUUGUGUACCCAAAGCAAGAAAUGGGAGAAUGAUUAAAAGACUUAGAAUCCCUGAAUCUGCAGCUCUUAGGAUGUUCCCAAAGCGAGAAAUGGGGGAACAUUGGGAAAAACUCAGAACUGAGUCCCUAAUCCCAGAGGUGUCAGAGAGUUCCCAAAGCGAGAAAUGGGGGAAUAGUGGGAAAAACUCAGAACUGAGUCCCUAAUCAGCAAUUAUUGGGGUGUUCCCAAAGCAAGAAAUGGGGGAACACUUUCUCAGAGUCCCUAAUCCCACAGCUCUUGGUGUGUUCCCAAAGGAAGAAAUGGGGGAACAGUGGGGAUAACUCAAGAGCCCCUGAUCCCAGAGUUGUUGGUGUGUUCCCAAAACAAGAAAUUGUAGAAUGAUUAAAAAAUUUAGAAUCCCUGAAUCUGCAGUUGUUGGGAUGUUCCCAAAGCGAGAAAUGGGGGAACACUGGGAGAAACUCAGAACUGAGUCCCUAAUCCCAGAGCUGUCAGAGCAUUCCCAAAGCGAGAAAUGGGGGAACAAUGGGAAAAAUUCAGAAUUGAGUCCCUAAUGCCAGAGCUGUUUGUGUGUUCCCAAACUGAGAAAUGGAGGAACACUUUCUCUGAGUCCUUAAUCCCAGAGCUGUCAGGGCAAGCCCAAAGGGAAAAUUGUGGAAACAGUGGGAACAACUCAAAAAAGUCCCUAAUCCCAGAGCUGUCAGGGUGUUCCCAGAGCGAAAAAUGGGGGAACAGUGGGGAAAACUCAGAACUGAGUCCCUAAUCUCACAGUUUCUGGAGCAUUCCCAAAGUGAAAAAUGUGGAAACAGUGGGAACAACUCAAUAAAGUCCCUAAUCCCAGAGCUGUCAGGGUGUUCCCAAAGCAAGAAAUGGGGGAACAAUGAGAAGAACUCAGAAAUGAGUCCCUGGUCCCAGAGCUUUCAGAGAGUUCCCAAAGUGAGAAAUAGGGGAACAAUGGGAAAAACUCAGAUGGGCACCCAAUCCCACAGCUCUUGGUGUGUUCCCAAAGCAAGAAAUGGGAGAAUGAUCAAAAAAUUUAGAAUCCCUGAAUCUGCAGCUCUUGGGAUGUUCCCAAAGCGAGAAAUGGGGGAACAAUGGGAAGAACUCAGAACUGAGUCCCUAAUCCCAGAGCUGUCAGAGCAAUCCCAAAGGGAAAAUUGUGGAAACAGUGGGAAGAACUCAGUAAAGUCCCUAAUCCCAGAGCUAUUGGGGUGUUCCCAAAGCAAGAAAUGGGGGAACAGUGGGGAAAACUCAGAAUUGAGUCCCUGAUCCCACAGCCGUUGUUGGGUUCCCAGAGCAAGAAAUGGGGGAACACUUUCCAGAGUCCUCAAUCCCAGUGCUGUCAGGGCAAUCCCAAAGGGAAAACUGUGGAAAUAGUGGGAAGAACUCAGUAAAGUCCCUAAUCCCAGAGCUGUCAGGGUGUUCCCAAAGAGAGGGAUGAGGGAACCCUCCCACCCCCACCUUUGCCAGGGCUCAGCCCAUCUCAAACCUCAGCACAGUUUGAGUCUGCACUCGAAAUUCUGACUUUAAAGAAAAGCUAUUUAUACAUUUCAGGGUGAAAUCAGUGGAGAAAUCUUUAAUUUCUUCCCAGUGCUCUCAUUGGGAUUCUUGAAAAUAUUUCCUGGCUGGCUGCAAUGUGCACCUUGCUUAGAUUAUCCCUGGAGGAUUCCUAUUGCAGUCCUAAAAAUGAGGCAAGGCAAGGCAAGGAGGAGAUUCUUCAGCUGAAGAAUUCCUUUUCAUGAAGAUAAAUGAUUUCCAAAGGUAAAAAAUAGCAAAGGAUGUUACUUGAAAGAGGCAGGAACUUGUUUGUGGAGCUUCCAGAAGAGUUUGCACGCUGUAACAUUUCCCUGUGCUGGUGAGAAAUCAGCUUUUUAAAUACUUGCAACAGAAUUUUUAUAGUUCCUAAAUGAUAGAACAGGAAUGCUGGCAGCCUGUCCUGACUUAAUUCAGUAUCAUUUUAAAGGAGGCUUUAUAAAUCCCUGCCUGAAGGAUUCUAAAGUACCUUAGCAGCUACUUACAGGUAAUUAUUGGAGUUUAUUUGAAUAAGCAGAUUAUUGUAGCAUGCAUGUGUUCAGAAUUUAGGCGAGAGCAGCCCAGCAGGAAUUUUUUAUUUUCAUAUUCCUUUGCCUUAGGGACAGCUCAAUCGUUUACUGCAACUGCAGCUUUUCUUUCUGACCAGAUGUUUGUGAUACAGCAAGAAAUGGAAUGAAAAAUCUCUUGCAGGACACUUAAAAUAAUUCAAAUGUAUCUGCACAGCCUCAUCCUGAGGCAGGAAAAUGAGAUUUAACCCCUGCCAUCAAACUUGAGGCUAAAUUAGAGUUUAUACUUUGCUAAGAGAUGUAUUUUUUACCUUUGGAAUAUGAAAUAAGUGAAAUUUCAGUAACCUGAAGCACAUUUUAGAUGGUUUUGGUCUCCAUUGCUGGAUGCCUGUCCUGUGAGUGUUGCACAGUGCAGAGGUGGAAUUCCAGGUGCUGCAGGCUGGGAUAGAAAUAUUGAUAAGGUUUCAUUCCUUGCUUUCCUCCUAGAUUUAAAAACUGUCUGAAUUGAAGACUUUAGUAUUUUAUUUUUAUUUUUUUUUUUGCACACCACGAGACUUUAUAUAAAAACUACUUGUAUCCUGUUAGAGGCCAGUAAAAGCCAGCAAUUAGUUUGUGUUUUUAGGCUUUCCUGGGGUAUUCCCUGGAUCACAAGUGUGGAGCAUCCUGAUAAAGCUCGUGAGUUUUAUCUAUGCAUGGCUAAAUUUUAGUCUUAAUAUCCUGUAGUGCCUGUAGAGCAAAGGUAGCUAGCAGUGGGUUUGGGGGGGCUGCCAGGGGUUUACAACUAAAUCCAGUUGGUUGCAUGAAAUGAUUUCUUUCACAGUCCAGAAUUUUUUAGGAAUCCCAAAAUUCUGGUGGUGGUGGGGCUGCAAUAAAAAGGGGCAUUAGGAAAUGGAGCUCCAAUUGGAAUUGUUUUGCCAAUGAACUCAGUGUAAACCCAGCUGUUCCAGUCCCAGUUCUCUCACCUGCAAAGCCAUAUUUUUAGAGUAGUGGGAUGUGAUGUGGGAAGAAAUUGCAGUGGUUGGGACAGCAGGCACGUGCUGGAGGCUUUGUCUCAACUCCUGAGUGGAUACAGAGUAGAUUUAAGUGCAAUUGAUUGAAAAUAGAUGAAGAUGCUGUAGCUGAUUUUUGCUCUGCUGAACUCUUUUUAAGAACUCCAAUUUGUGCAGCUCUCAAAUCAAUAUGGAUGUGGGGCUUGAUCCAGCUGGAAUUCCAAGCCCUGUGAAACAAAAAUAAAAGGAAAUAAUUGGGUUGUGAGUGUGCAAAUUGAGAUGUUCCUUAAAAACUGGAGCAGGAGAGCUCGGAACAAAGGCCUAGAACCCUCCUGUGCUGUGCUGCAUGUGCUCUAUGGUCAUAGCUGUGUAUUACAAAGACCUUUCACCAGACUGGUACUGGCUCAAUUCAUGUAUUUUGGUAUUGAAAGAAAUUGAUUACCUCAAUUUUUAUCAUUUAUUUUUAAACUGUGACUUUCAACUGUUCAACCAGAACAAAAUAAAAAGAAAAAAAAGUAAAUAAAAAUACCGAAAUAGUGAAACUGUGACAAUGGUAUCCUUUAAAUGUAGUAGUGCCUUGCAGAUGACACCAUUUAUUCCCCAAAUAAAUGGAUGUCAGGGGUUGCACCACCCCUUUCUUUUUUUUUUUAAAGGAAAAUAACGGUUUUGGUGAAAGGACUUAAAAAAAUUUAAAUUUAACCUAGUGACAAAUAUUAGCACAAAUGGUUAAACUGUUUAAAAGAAAACUCUUUGAGGACUGAAAUGCCUGAUGCUGCUGCUGCUGUUGAAGAGCAGUUGCUGAUUUUUUGGGAGUCAAUUCUAACAAUCAGCAGUGCUUUUUGAAUUUAUUAUUUUCUUUUUUUUUUAAGAAGAGUGUAACUUUUGUACUCUGGUCAGAGCUGUUUGUACUGUAUGGAAUCCCCAGCCUAGGGGAUUUGGUGUCCUCACUCCUUGGAAGUCAAGGUGAGGAUGAAACUCGAGGUUUGAACAAUUUUUUCUACUGUAUAAUUAAAAAAAAAAAACAACAAAAAAAAGCACCAUUUCUAACCCACUGAUGUUUGGAUACAGCAAAAGUGCCAUUACACCUUUCCUUUUCUCUUUUAUUGUACUUGGAAAAAUUUGUGUCCAGGCAUUCCUGAGCUUGGGAAGUGCUGAAGAGUCCUCAAGGGGUUUCCACGCUUUGCUGACCUUUGUUAGCAGCUUGUGGUGGUGUUUUUUAAUUUCUCCUCACCGAGAAUGAGUGUGAUCAGAAGUUACUGAAGUUAUAGGAUUCAAAUGUGACAAACUUAGCAGGGGAACCUUUGCAACUUGAGCUGCUCUGCAAUCUGGGAGUAUAUUUGAAUUUGAAGCUGUGCAAUUUGGGAUUAAUCCAGUUUUACACUUUGCAAUUAACACACCGGAUUGCAGGGAGGGUUGCAUGUGAGGGUUCCCUAAUAAGUUGAAUUUUUUUUUUAAUUAUUGUUAUUUUUUAAUUGAAACUUGUCUGAAUUUGCACAGAUUUAAGCUCUGGAAUACUUUGGUAUUCUUGAAAAGGGAAAAAAAAAAUUGUGACUAGUAUAGUGAAUUGUGAACUGUGAGUUGGUAGAACCACAAGGUUGAUCUAAUCUUAGGUUGUUAAAAAUGUACCUCAGAAAGCUCGUGAGAAAUUGCUUCAUUUUUACCCAACAGCCAGAUCCUGGUGUAACACUUCUCACUUUUCAAUGUGCCAAAAUUCACUUUUAUACUAGUUCUCAAUGCUUUAAUAUUUGCAAGUCUAAGUGAAAAACGUGUUAUUUACAAACACUACUGUAACUUCAGUUCAGCUGAAUGGUGUGAUUGAAGCUUUUUGCCUCUCGUAUUUAUUACACAACUUGAUUCAGUAAAUAUAAAAUUACCUUUCCAUUUAUUUUUGUAUUGUUUUACAUGUUUAUACCUGCAGUUUGUGUGACUUUUACACCUGUAACUCAGAUGUGAUGGAAAGAACCAAUAAACAGUAUCCAUCCAC